CAAUAAAGAAAGUGAAAGGAGAAUUUGAUCGUUCUCUUCUCUUCUCUUUUCUCCUCUCCUCUUCACAGUUCACUCCAGAGUUCACACAAUAGUUCAGACUGUCACUUCCAAAUUCUGGAGAAGAUUUACUCCUUAAAGAACCUCAGAUUCCACCAUAUCAAACCGAACCAGAUAGACACGGAUGUCCAUCUCUCCCUUUUUUUUAAGUUUAAAUUUUUGAUAAUGGAGAAGCAUAUAGGAUAAAGACUAAAGAGUGUCUGUAUUGUAUUGUGUAGUGCUGGACACGUCUUUUGGUGCACUCUCUAGAGGGAGAAGAAGUCCAAAAAUGGUGGUAAAACGUUGAAUUUUUUUUAGUCUACAACUAUGAUUUUCGAUCUGGGUACUUGAAAUCUUAGUUUGAUCUGAUUUUUUGGUCUAAAGUUUGUGGGUUUGCUCCAGUUGUUGCUACUGUGACUCUAUGCGAAGCUUUGAAGGUGCCUUUCACUUUUCCUAAGGCUUUUAGGAUCUGGGUGUGUUCUGUUUCUCUAAAAUGACCAUUCUGUCUCUUCCUUUUGUGGGUUUCUAGUAUACAUUCUCCUGGUUGCUUUCUUUAGCUUUUGUCUUCAAUUUGAGUUUAUUUGUAGUGUGAAUGCAGAAUGGUUCCCAAAAGUUUGAUGUAGUGAGAGUCAUGGGAGAAACCCAGAUGAAGCUGUUUUUAAUGGUGGUACUCUGGUUUGUUCCUGUGGUUUUUAGUGCUACUGAUCCUGACGAUUUACAGAUUUUGAAUGAUUUUAAAAAAGGGUUGUCGAAUCCAGAGCUCCUGAAAUGGCCUUCAGGUGGAGAUGAUCCAUGUGGUUCUAAGUGGCCCCAUGUCUUCUGCAGUGGUAACAGGAUCACACAGAUUCAAGUUGCAGACUUGGGUUUGAUAGGAACUCUACCUUCAAACUUUAAUCAGCUCAAAAUGCUAGACAAUUUAGGGUUUCAGAGGAAUCAGUUCAGUGGGGCUUUGCCAUCUUUCAGUGGGCUUUCGGAGCUUAAGUCUGCUUAUUUGGAUUACAAUGCGUUCGACAAUAUCCCUUCUGAUUUCUUCACAGGUCUCACCAAUCUACAGGUCUUGGCUUUGGAUUAUAAUCCCUUGAAUGCCACUACUGGAUGGUCCAUUCCCAGCGAGUUGGGGCUAUCAUCUCAUCUAACCACUCUGUCCCUGAUGAAUUGCAGUUUGGUUGGUUCAAUUCCUGAUUUUCUAGGGAGUAUGUCGUCUCUUACCGCUUUGAAGCUGUCCUACAACACUCUUUCUGGCGGAAUUCCUGCAACUUUUAGCCAGUCAUUAUUGCAGGUUCUUUGGGUGAAUGAUCAGAAAGGAAGCAAGUUGUCUGGUCCUAUAGAUGUAAUUGCGUCCAUGACCUCUCUUACAUUACUAUGGCUACAUGGAAACAGUUUCACAGGAACAAUUCCUACUAAUAUUGGAGACUUGUCAUCUUUGAAGGAACUCAACCUCAACGAUAACCAGCUUGUGGGGUUAAUUCCUGAGAGCUUGUUGAGUUUGCAGCUAGAGACAUUGGAUUUGAGCAACAACCACCUGAUGGGUCCAAUUCCAAAGUUCAAUUUGGGUAAUGCAUCUUACCUCCCAAACUCAUUUUGUCAAUCUGUUCCUGGGCUUCCUUGUGCGCCACAAGUUUCAGCACUUUUAGAUUUCCUUGGCAAUGUGAGUUACCCUGUAAAAUUGGCUUCUGCUUGGUCUGGUAAUGAUCCUUGUCAGGGACCGUGGUUAGGACUGAGUUGUGAUUCAAGUUCCCAAGUUUCUGUUUUGAAUUUACAUGGAAAUAACCUUAGUGGGACUCUAAGCCCUGCAGUUGCAAAGCUGAAUUCUCUAACUGUUAUUAAUUUGGGGGCAAACAAUCUAACUGGUGCAAUCCCUUCGAAUUGGACUCAGUUGAAAAAUCUGAAGUUAUUGGAUGUAAGUGGGAACAACAUUGAGCCUCCAGUUCCAGUAUUUAGUGGAAGUGUAAAGGUUGUUCUAGAUGGUAAUUCUCUACUGAAUGCCUCUCCACCGCUGUCUAACUCAUCAUCGGGGAGCCAGCCUUCUCCAUCCAGCAACCUGUCUCCACCUUCUAAUUCAGGUAGUUCGGACCAAGGACCUACAUCAUCAGAGGUAUCCAAACCAAGAAGUUCCAAAACAUCCAAGUUACUUGUUAUUGUGGCCCCUGUUGCUUGUUUUGCACUCUUGACUCUUCUGAUACUUCCGCUUACUGUGUACUACUUGAAGAAGAAAAAACGUACCUUCCAGGCACCGAGUUCCUUUGUGGUUCACCCCAGGGACCCAUCUGAUCCAGAUAACAUGGUUAAGAUUGUGGUAUCCGAUAACACAAAUGGAGGGGUAUCUACUCUAACAGAGAGCAGUUCUCAGGGACACAACAGUGGAAUGGGAGAGUCUCACGUGAUUGAGGCUGGAAACGUGAUCAUAUCAGUUCAGGUUCUUCGGAAUGUUACCAAGAAUUUUGCUCCAGAAAAUGAAUUGGGGCGUGGUGGUUUUGGGGCAGUUUACAAGGGGGAACUGGAUGAUGGUACGAAAAUAGCAGUUAAGAGGAUGGAGUCCGGUGUGAUUAGCAACAAAGCCCUGGAUGAAUUUCAGGCUGAAAUUGCUGUUCUUUCAAAAGUCCGACACCGGCAUUUGGUGUCUCUGUUGGGGUAUUCUGUUGAAGGUAAUGAGAGGCUUUUGGUUUAUGAGUAUAUGCCUCAAGGGGCAUUGAGCAAGCACCUAUUCCACUGGAAGAAUCUGAAAUUGGAGCCUCUUUCUUGGAAGAGGAGACUGAACAUUGCCUUGGAUGUUGCUAGAGGGAUGGAGUAUCUUCAUGGUCUUGCACACCAAAGCUUUAUACACAGAGACCUAAAACCUUCAAAUAUUCUCCUUGGUGAUGAUUAUCGAGCAAAGGUUUCUGAUUUCGGUCUGGUGAAACUGGCUGAUGGAGACAAUUCAGUGGCGACGAGACUUGCUGGGACAUUCGGAUACCUGGCACCUGAGUAUGCUGUAACGGGUAAGAUCACAACCAAGGUCGAUGUCUUCAGCUUUGGAGUUGUGUUGAUGGAGCUGUUAACUGGGUUGCCGGCACUUGAUGAGGACCGUCCUGAGGAGACCAGAUACUUGGCUGCAUGGUUUUGGCACAUCAAAUCAAGGAAGGAGAAAUUAAUGGCUGCCAUUGAUGCAGCUCUUAAUGUUAAUGAAGAAACAUUUGAAACCAUUUCCAUCAUUGCUGAACUAGCUGGGCAUUGCGCUGCAAGGGAUCCCAACCAACGGCCUGAUAUGGGACAUGCAGUUAAUGUACUGGUUCCACUAGUAGAAAAGUGGAAACCAUUUGACGAUGACAGUGAGGAAUAUUCAGGCAUUGAUUACAAUCUACCCCUUACUCAGAUGGUCAAAGGCUGGCAGGAAGCAGAAGGUAAGGAUUACAGCUGUUCGGGUAUUGAUGAUAGCAAGGGAAGUAUUCCCUCAAGGCCCACUGGCUUUGCAGAGUCCUUCACUUCGGCUGAUGGUCGGUAAUUUGCAGGUUUAUGCCAUUCAGUUCUUGGUGAUUGAUCUCUUUUCUAGCUCUUCAUUUGUCAAGUUAUUUAUGUAGUAGGUGUAGAUUAUUAGCUUCGCCAGCCCCAUUAAUUUGGCAUAAGGCUUUGUUGUUGCUGUUGUGUAGAUUAUUGGCUCAUCUGCUUUAAGAUUUUAAUUUCAGCAGCUUCAGUGGCGUUCUCAUUUACCGAAGAUGAGUUAAGAUAUGCUUAGGAUACAUGAUUUCUAUUUUCGGGUUUUCUGUUAAUUUUCACUUUCGAUUUCUUUUUAAGCUGUUAGAUUUGUGUGUAUUGUGCUGUAGAUAUAAAAGUAUAAAUGAAACCUAUCAGUUAUUCCA